UGAUGUCACAGAAGGGGGCGUUUCGUAGUAGUUUCUGGCAGUGUUGUGCGUCACUCUUCCGAGCGGAGUGCAGCGUCGGCACGUCUCCGGCCGGGAUUAUCCCCGUCUCUGACGGAGACCGUCUACCGUGAGGCACCGACAUGGAUUUCAUGAACGUCCUCAAGGUGGCGGCUUCUAAGCCGAGUGAUGGCGUCGCGAAGAGGUACAGCUUGGCAGUGGGACCCCCAAAGAAAGAUCCCAAAGUCAAAGGGGUGCAGUCAGCUGCCGUCCAGGCUUUCCUCCGACGCAGGGAAGAGGAAGAACGUCUGAAAGAACUGAAAGAAAACGAAAAAAAAAAGGAACUGUUGGAGAAACGCAAGGAACUGAAACAUGACAAGAAAGCAAGAGCGAUGGCUUCCAGGACAAAGGACAAUUUUAGGGGCUACAAUGGGAUUCCAGUGGAAGAAAAACCCAGGAAGCGACUAAAUUCCAACACGGACCAGAACAGCAAUAAUGAGAACAACGAGUAUAUGACAGAGGAAGAAAUGUACGAAUACUCCCAGAGCGAGUCCGAGCAGGAGGAGGUUGAAGAGCCCCCUCCACCACCACCGUCAAAAAAAACCAAGCUCUCCAAUGUAAAGAGACCACCGCCACCACCAGCCAUGAACUUUGCUGAGCUGUUACAGCUUGCACAAAAAAAACAAUACGAACCAGUGGAAAUUGUAAAACCCAUGAAAAAAAACUACGAACGACCAAAAACGGCCGAAGAACUUAGAGAGAUCGAGUUCCUGGAGCGGAAAAACCACAAACAUUCAAAAACAAAUGACCAAAUUGUUAGCAAAGUUAGCAAAAGCUCUUCAGAUAAACAUUCCUCCUCCAAGGGAAGUCAUUCCGAGGCCAAGAAGGUGAAGAGCAGCAGUUCCACUACGAAAAGUAGUCAUCAUGACAAAGCUCGAAGUGGAGACAGCGGGACUAUAAAAAAGCAUUCUGAUGGGAAGCACAAAUCUGAUAAACACUCGUCAGUCCCCCAGAGUAAAACAUUGAAGGCUCCUUCUUCUAAUGGCAACCACAAACCUUCAUCUAGCAAGGAACCUUCAUCUAGCAAGCAACCUGGUGCUAAACACCAUUCAUCUUCUAGACCAGAUAAGAAUGGGAGUAUGAAUGGAAAACCUCAAGGAAAUACCCGACCCAGUAGCACAAGUUCUGUGAAGUCUUCUGGAGUUCCCGGAAAGCCAUCAGUAAGCACUGGGACAAGUUCUGCGCGGCCAUCUGGUGUAUCAAGCUCUUCACGGCCUUCUGGAGCACCCAUCUCUAGUUCUGGACGACCCUCAGGUACAGCUGGUACACCUUCUGCCCGACCAACAAUGAGCUCAAGUUCCUCCAAAACUUCUGGCACCCCUGGUUCUGUCCGGCCUCCUGGAAGCUCUGCCCGGCUCUCUAGUGGCUCCGGGUCAGGCAAACCUCACAGCAGCUCUGGAUCAUCACGUCCAAGCAGUUCUGGACAUUUAACCAGCAGCUCAGGUUCUGCACGCCCAUCCAGCAUAUCUGGAUCUAGUCGACCUGCCACUGGAAAUCCCCUGUCGAAUAGUAAGCCUAAGAGUACCCCACCAGGCAAAGAAGGACCCUCAGUGCGACCAAAUGGAGGACCGACUUUGAGUUCUUCUAAACCUGCAGCUAAUUCUGGCCCAGGAAGGCCAAGCAGCCAGUCGACAAUGGGACCUGGGUCAAAGCCCAAAUGUACUGUGGUAUCUGAAACAAUUUCAUCCAAAAACUUUGUACCCAAAUCUGCUAAUGGGCCAGUGAAUGGCAUGAGACCCGGGCCAGUGAAUGGCAUGAGACCCGGGCCAGUGAAUGGCAUGAGACCCGGGCCAGUGAAUGGCAUGAGACCCGGGCCAGUGAAUGGCAUGAGACCCGGGCCAGUGAAUGGCAUGAGACCCGGGCCAGUGAAUGGCAUGAGACCCGGGCCACCACCAGGACACAGACCAAUGACACGUCCUCCAGGUCCCCAGCUGCCUCCCAUAACCAGCUCAUACAAGCGAAGAAUCGAUGACGAAGAGGAGUAUGAUUCGGAAAUGGAAGAUUUCAUUGAUGACGGAGGAGAGUCGCAAGACGAGAUUUCAAAGCACAUCCGUGAAAUAUUUGGCUAUGACAGAUCGAGGUAUAAAGAUGAGAGUGACUACGCCUUGCGCUACAUGGAGAGCAGCUUCAGAGAGCAGCAAAAAGAGGAAGCACGGAGCCUGCGGCUAGGUAUUCAGGAAGACCUGGAAGAGCUGAAGCGUGAAGAGGAAGAACUGAAGAAAAAAGCCAAGCUAGAAAAAGCCACUAAAAAGAUGAAAACGCGAUAGCACUUUCUCGGCCAAUCAUGGACAUUUUCACAUCAGCCCAUUACAGUGCAGUUCUCUGCACAGCCACCAGGUGGAGACUGGACGCCUGUCACAGAGAGAGCCUUCUAUCCAUUUAUUUGCAACAAAAAAAAAAAUCUAUAUACAGAAUGAAUUAAAGAUCCUUUUAAAAAUCUAGUUAUGGAUUUUUGGAACAUAUUAGUUGUCAGUUUUUUUUUUUUUCUCAACUUUUUUGCUACAGUAUCACAGGUCAAAACUGGAUCUGCCGGACACCCAGGACACGGUGAAGAACUCGGCUUCUAUUUUCUUUUAUAAGUAUAUUAAAUAUGGAUAUUGUUCUAAGAACAGAUUAAUCAAUAAAUUAUUUGUAUCAUAAGAGGA